GUGUUUUCAUCUCUUUCGCGUUUUUUCGAGUUCUAGCUAUUUAGCGAAAGCCUUCGGAGGAGGCCUUGCAGCAGCGGUAAUCCCUCAGAGGCAGGGGGGUAUUCGCCGAAAACGGAACGAAAGGAGGGAUAUAUAUAUAUAUAUAUAUAUACUAGGUAGUACGGAGCGCACUUGCACACUGUGGGAGGGGCAGAAGGCCGCCGCAUCUCAUCAGCUCUGUGUGCCGAUGUCUGACUUCCCUCUCCCUUCUACACGAGGGCUUAAGUCCUCAUCGGAUCGUAGUCACGCGUGCGAUGCCACGUGUCAGGUCGAUUUGAACGCCGUCGUUCGAGUCUGGGAAGACGUCGCCGAAAGCCCUAAUUGGGGUGGAGAGGGGUCGGUAUUUAGCGGUCAUGGUGCCUUUGAACUCGAUGGGGUGGUCACACCCCUCGCUCUGUGCUACGACGAAGCCUUUGGGCGGCUUGAUGCGGGCGAGGGCGGCGGUCUGUGCUGGCGCUGUCUGAGGGUCGCAGAGGCACUGGAGUUGUGUGAGAGAGUGGGGAUGACCCCGCCUGAGGGGGAGUACGACGACUUCCUCCUCCAAUUCUUUGUUCGCUGGAGGCCUUCCUCUCAGAACUGGGCGCAUAUCCUCUGGCAUGUCAGCGAUAAACAACCUAAACCCCUCUUUGGACUUAUGGAAGACUGGGCAAACUACCUAUUCAACGGGUGGCUCCGGGAAGACUACAACGCCGUCGAUCAUGCCCAUCUAAUUAUAGAAAGCUGUCGACUUGCCAACGUGGACAGCCAGGAGAAGCUUCUGGAGUUCUGGCAGAAAGUCAGAAACGUGUUUAUGGAAGAAGAGGCAGAGGCUGAGGAAGGCGAGCUGCUGGCCGUGGUAACCCAUAGAUGGGGUGUGGAACGGACGGCCAGAUUCAUCAGGCAGGAGAUAGACAGCAUGAUUGCGCGCUGCGGUCGGUGUCGAUGCUACGAAGAUGAAGGACCCGAGGACAGCAGCGCUGCUGUGUGGGCCUCCCUUGCUGAUCACAGAGAUUGGACCUAUCACGACCGGCUGACCUUCUUCAGGAUCGUUGGGCAUGGGUUUAGAGAUUUGUCCUGGUUGAGAGAAGUGGGUAAGCAGUUAAAAAUAGAUGCAGUCACAGUGGAGCAGAUUCUAAUGGUUCUGUCAGAUUUGUUCACUGGAUUGCAGCGAGAUAGAUUGUGACACGGAAAGUUUGGUCUCUUCCCUUAAAUUGAUUUUAUAAUUUUUAUUGAUUGAUUGGCAUUUGAACGAGUGCACCGUUACGAUCUACCAGGGUGGGUGCUCAGGGAGGUUAACAGACCGUUUGAUCUCUGUGAAGAUCAAUUGCACGGUUGGCUUCGGUCUCAACCCAGAUCCCGAUCUUAAUUCAGGAACACCGGCAACCAAGGGCAAGAUUAUAACACCCCCAUGUUCUAUCCCCUAUUAUGCCAAUUAAGGGCG